AUGAAGUUUUGGUUUGUUGUAGUUUGGUCAAUCGCGGCUGGCAUUCAUUGUGACUGCGUUGAGGAAAGUAAGUUUUUCAACUUUUUUAUUACAACGUACUAAACUAAUUAAAGUAUAUACACUAUACAAUUAAUAUGAUUGUACUAUUCAGCGGGGUACAUUAUAAUAUAACAUCAAGUAAAUGAUCAGAAAAGAUAUAAACACCAGGACCACGGUUUAAUAUCUGAAAAAUAUUUGUACGCCAAGACUAUCCAUGAAUAACAAUGUAGUACAAUGAAUUUGUAGGGGAGUCCGGGGGUAUGCUUCUAUGACUAUGGGAAACUUUUAAAAUCUGGAGUCGGAAGAGUGCCUUUUUUCAGCAAUUUGGUGGCUAUUUUACAUUGUUUUAAUUUUGAAUCAUCAUUUAUCCCCCUCCAAUAAGGCCCCCUCAAAGUACCUGAAAGUAAAAACAAUAAGCGGUCUCGGGACUUUAUAAUAGAGAGAUUACGGAAGGUAUAGUUUUACAAAGGUUGAUUUCAAAGUGGAUAGAGAUAUCUGACCUUCGUACAACAGGUCGCAUGCAGGUAUUUACACUUGAAACUAAAAGAUGGCGAGAAAUUCAGUUUAUAAAAUUUAUCUGAUCGAUAUAAUCAAGUACUACUUAUAUUAUACUGGGAUUCAACCUAGACCUAUAUAUCGGUUAAUUUGCGAACGUAUUCGGCAAUCGCGAAAAAGUUCAAUCAUACUGAUCAGUUAUUGCAUUGCGUCCAAUUCAGUCAAUUCACGAAAGAGUUUAUUUAAGAGCUUCUGCAGGUUAUUUAUUAUUAACGUUCUUGUGUGAUAAUCAUUAUUAUCUUCAAGGAGGCUAACCAAGUGGUACAGUAACCCUUGAGAUGAUUGUCAAACAUACUAGUUGAGUUGAUUUUCUUUCAGAAAAUGUACCGCGGGAUGUAUAUGAACUACAAGUUAAAAUCCGUUCAUAAAUUAUGACAUUAAACUUGUAGACAAAAUCUUGAGCGAAAGUCUUUGAGGUUGACGAAAAAUUGUUCGAAAACCUCCUCAGCUUGGUCGAGAAAUUCCCCCUUUGUUGUUGGUAAAAUUACUGGAAUAGCAAAAAUUACAAGAUAGCGACAUUAAUCUGUACCUGUUAGUAUACUGUAGAAUGUUAAUUAAACAUUAAAAACUCCACAGUUCGAUCAUUACAAAAUACAACAUCAGACAUAAGUUACAAUAAUACUGACAUUGUAUUUAAUUCCUGCAUGUAACUUUACGCAAAGGAGUUUGUCUCUGGGUAUGUUAUGUAAGUUAUGUAACUAGCAUUGGCCAAGAUCACAAUUUUUCUGAGGAUCUUCAUACUCGGUGUCUGAAAUGCCCUUGCAUGCGCAGGUUAAAGUAAGAUUAAGAAUUGCCUCGGGCAUGCGCAAUUAAUUUUACCUUAAAAUAGUUUUAUAUUAUAAUAUAGAAUGAUGUUACAAUUAAGUUGAUAUUAAAUUAAGUUAAUAGAAUAAAUGAAAGUCAAUGAUCUUGGUUUCAAAUAAUAUAAUCAUAAUUUCGGUUUGCAGGUGUUUCCUUCAAAGAUUACGAAACGUUGCUUGGAAAGUCCAUCUACGUUCCAACUGCGGACCUCCUAGGUGCAAUUCCCAACGGUAUAACUUUCUUAAAGAAUAUCUCCAAGGAAUGUUACAACAAAAUCAAACGUCAAAAAAUGGUAAAAGAUCAAUCGUUUUACAGAAACACUGGGCAAUUUUACAAAAGCAUUGCGACAACGACAAACCUCCAUGCUGGAUACGAGAGUAAAUUCACUCUUGGCUUCACCUUAGAUGCGGCGACUAAAAGCAUUAGUGGAAACAACCGUAAAGUGAGUGGAACUUCACUCAAAAUUGUUUCAAAGAAUUACGAGUUGCAGUUUAAACCAAAUUGUCUUUAUGAAUCGGAUCUUCAAGAAAGAGUAUUGAAUGACUUCGCCGCACUACAAACCAGCAUCUCCAUGCCAUGGUACAAAGAUUCAUGGAGAGAUUAUGACGUAUUUCUGCAAACACAUGGCUCACACGUGAUCACAGCAGUCACGUAUGGAGCCAGUAUUAAUCAGCAUGCAUUUGCCAAGGAGUCGUCGAAAUACAAGACCAAGGACUUUACUGCUAAAGCUUGUUUAGCUUUGGCAGGCGACAUAAACACAAUUAUGAAUUUGUCGUUAUCUGCUUGUGCUGGGUUGACAAAAAAAGACGUAAUGAAUAUUACCAAUGCUGAAAUGACGUCAACCAUAACAGUACGAGGUGGAACACUUGAAACCAGAAGCAAGCUACUUUAUGAAAGGACAAAGGAACUUAUCCUCAAGUUCCUUGAAGAAGGCAAAGAGAAUCCUUCACCAAUCGAGUUUAAGCUCACUCCAGUCUGGCAAGUUCUGAACGGUCAAAAACAAGUGAAAAAAGAAAACCCGAAUAGAGCAGCCCAAGCUGCUAACAUGCAAUACUAUUAUGAAGGAUUCCUUAAUUUCGAUUGUCCGUAUAUACCUGCAGGUGAGCGUGGACCAGUCAUACAAAAAUUUGACCAUGCUGAACAUUCCACACCACAACAUCCCGUCUAUCAAUGCUCGCUGGCUCCACCAGGUUGUCAUAGCAACCAAGACUGUCACCAUCGCUUUGGUUUAAAAUGCGCAUGUUACGGAAAAUCUUGCAUACGCCACAAAGACAUAGAGUUGAGUUCUGGAGAAACAAAACCAACAGCCGCGCCGUAUGAAAAUAAAAAUGAUUUUCUAUGGCAGGGAUGCAGAUGGAAGGUGAUUGGAAUCACCUGUGGAUGCAAGGAUGAAAACAAGAAAAGAAGGGUGAUAUUCGAAAAUCUUCAUUUGGAAAAACUUUCUCGGCAUAAUUAA